ACCUAUUUUGUGAGUUGUGUUUUUGUUGUUUUUUUUCUAAUCAUCAAGUUUUCCUCUACCGAGCUCUACUACGGCUCAGGGUUUUACAAUUCAUGCGCACUUGUCGACUUAACUACCAUAGUGAUUUUCAGGUUUCUUAUUUUCGUUAAUCUUUUCGGUCUCGCGUUCCCCGACGUCAGCCGUACGUUUUAAAUUCCGACCGCCCUAAACGAACCACCGAAGACGUUCUGCAGUUUUGCUUCGACGUCAAACAUACUGUCCACCGGUCGUUCAUUUGUCACCGCCGUUCUUUUCUCGUGUAUUUGUUUGUGAGUGUGUGUGACGUGUGAGUGUACCAUACUACCUUGUGCGGUGUGCCCCGCGACGUUUUGCAGCGUUCUCGCGAGCGUGUGUGUGUGUGUGUGUGUCUCUUUCUUGCGUUUGUGUGCGUGUUCCUUUGAGGUGCGCGCCCGCGCGUGUGUUCCAACUCAUAUCGGCAAUUGGCUAUCGGCGCUAUCGCCUAACGCUUAACAGCGGCUUAGCAAGUAGCAACUCGAAUAAUAUCAGCUCCAGCCACCAUCGACGCCGCCUUCUCCGGUUCAUUGUUGCCUGCGAACAGACUUGACGACAGCUCCACCACCGUCUUGAUACCGUUUGUCCCGAGCAUCAAAUCAUGUCGUCCAAGAUCGAACAGAUUCUAUUAAUCGAGCCGCCGCACGAGCUCAAAUUCAAAGGUCCGUUUACUGAACCAGUUCAAACAAUAAUGUCUUUGAAAAAUUCAAGUGAUAAAAAAGUUGCUUUCAAAAUAAAAACUACUGCGCCCAAGCGUUAUUGUGUCAGACCAAACUGUGGUGAACUUGCUCCUAAAGAAAAGGCAGAAAUUUCAGUAAUAUUGCAACCAUUCGACUAUGAUGCCAAUGAAAGAAAUAAACACAAGUUUUUGGUACAGACUGUUGUUAUCGAUCCUGUUGCUGACUAUGGUGAAGAUGGCAAAACUUUUCAGUGGAGAGAUGUUGAUGAAGGUAGAAUAAUGGAUUCUAAAUUAAAAUGCUCGUUCGAAAUGCCUACAGUCGAACAGUUAUUAGAAUCUAAAAACAUUCAUGAUGAUAGCACAGCUGUAUUAGAAACAAACACUGAAACAGAACUACAAAAAGCAACCACUGAAGUAAAAGAAUUACGUGAGGAAGAGACAAUCUUAAGACAAGAAAAUAUGAAAUUGAAAGAAGAACUAUUGCAGCUUCAAUAUGAAAUCAAAAACCAGCAAUCUCUAAAACGUUCUGUUGGUGGUAGUCAGCAUUUGGAUAUGCAAAACAGAAAUGCCAAUAUAGCUCUGAUGGUUGGCAUGGCGAUAGUAGUUGCAUUGUUGGGUAUUAUUGCUGGAAAAUAUUUAUUUUAGUAAGAUAUUUUAAUUUUACGUUUGAAAAAGAAAACAUUUAAAUUUGAAAAUAAAUAUAUAAUAUUAAUUUAUAAAAUGAAAGCAAAAAGUUGUAUUUUUAAUUUAUAAUGCAAAUUCUUUGUGCAUAGUCCUAUCUGUUAAGGUUCAUAAACCAUAUUAUAUAUAU